AUGGCGGGAGGAGUAAUCUUUUCAAAAAUCGACCUUCUACAGGCAUAUUUACAAAUGGAAGUCCGCCCGGAGGACAGACAUUUGCUUACGCUAAAUACACACAAAGGUCUUUACCGUUGCACACGUUUAAUGUACGGGAUUGCAUCCGCGCCAGCGAUCUGGCAAAGAACAAUUGAAAGCAUACUAGGCGACAUUCCAGGCGUCGCAGUUUUCUUAGACGACAUACGCAUUGCGGGUUCAAGUGUGGAAGACCACUUACGAACUCUAGAAUUAGUUUUCACGCGUUUACAAAAAUACAAUAUUAGAAUAAAUCCAGAUAAAAGAUUUACACAAUUCCUAAAAAUGAACGGAAUUACUCAGAAACUUACAGCAUCUUACAACCCAUCAACGAAUGGUCAAGCGGAACGAUAUGUACAAAUUCUAAAAAAUUCUUUACGACGUAUGCGACCCGAGCAAACGAAAUUACAUAUUGCGUUACAGCAAACUCUUCUACAGUACCGAAAUGCAAAACACAAUACUACUGGUAAAUCACCAGCCGAAUUAAUGUUCAAUAGAAAAUUGCGUACACGACUAGACCUGUUAUUAAAUAGCAAAUUUCAAAAUACAGUGGCACCCAUUGUUUUCGAAGAAGGAAAAAGAGUGAGUUGUAGAAAUUACGUAGGCACAGAUAAAUGGGAGUUCGGAAACAUAGUAGAAAGAAUAGGUAGACUACAUUAUAAAGUUAAGUUGGACGAUGGACGAAUCUGGAAAAGACACGUAAACCAAAUACGGGAGAUAGGGGAAAACACACUCCCGAAACCAACUGAUUAUUCAAGCGUUGUUCAAAAAGAAUCAGAUUUUUCCACAGUUGGCGAUACACUCACGAGAGUGGAAACAGCGAACCAAGAACCUGCGAUGGAACCUCCAUGCCCUACACAAGCGUCACCACGACAAACACCGGUACAAACCCCAGGCAUACCUCAGGAUGAACGAUUCGAAAGAAGCGCGGAGUCCAUUACAAUUACGCCCAGGCGAACAGCGGAAAGACCGCGGAGAAACGUAAAACUACCAACGCGACUAAGAGACUUCGAAAUUACAUAUGAAUAA